CCCAAACACAGCAAGACAAUCACCGACAUGGGGACGCUGAGGGACGCGCUCGUGGAUGGGCUUAAAGGGCUGCCCGGACGUCGGGAUCUACAUAUUUAUACGCUCGUGUCCAAUGCUAUGCGCGAUCAGGAGCUUUAUUUCUAUUCAAAUAAUAGACCUAAGGCCCAUGUUCGCCACAUACUGGUGCUUCUUGCGCAGCAAAGCAUCGAUGGGCCCGACACACAUCGCGUAUUCGUAUGCGCUAUUGAGGCUUUCUUAUAUUCACUGCCUUCUACGUCCUCCGCAAUACUUUACGUGUCAAAGGUUGAUUCUACAGGGCAAGGAACUGUGCGUCCCAACCCGACAAGCGCUUUGGUUCAGUCGUUUCUAUCCUACUAUGCAUCUCCCGCGACGCGCCCUGCGCCAAAUCUUUGGGUACAGUUAUUUGCGCGCUCUCAAAACCAAUACAUAUUCCCAAACUCUGCUGAACACUCGGGAAAACAUGUGUUACGAGAUAUCAAGUUGUGUAAAUGGUGGAAGGACGUAAUCGAGAGGGUUGCACAAAAGAACGAUCCCAAUUGGGUCAGGCUGUAUUAUCUUCUUCCAGGGAUGUCUUCCCUCGAAGCACUUUCUUCCCUCCAUAAGUCUCCUCUUGGGGCGUCUACUUCCUACCCUUGGACAUAUUCGCACCCAUAUCAUCAAACUGAUGUAGUGCCUCCUUGCGGUGCUAGCUGGAUGGAGAUUGAUUCCCCUCCGUCAAUAGCCGAGCUCAUACCCAGUUUCAAUGAUGACCCCAAAGCACGCUUUCUUGACGAAAUUGCUUGCACACACUCAGAAUCUACCGAGGCUGUCGUAAUACCCAAAGGUUUCCCUUCUCUCCGUCCGUCGAAGCGUCUGAAGACAAUUGAAGGCCAACAGAAAGAAGAUAAGGCGAAUUCUGGUUCUUCCAAGAAUUCUGCGAACCCCGUCUCCCCAGCCUCCCAAAAAGCUUUAGCAGCCGUCCCCUUGGAUGAGUUCUGGGAACGCAUGGCGUUUCGUCAGGAGUGUAGUCAGGGUGCGGUCACCGGAUUCUUCACAGCCAUAUUUUACACCGAACAAUCCUGCAGAACUCCUUCGAGCAUUUCCCAUUACGAGCCUGCUCUUCCUCCGAGUCCUCCAGGCGAGGUAUCUUUAGUAGUACUUGGACGUAUUCUGGGUACUCUCAGUAACUUAGACUUCGGAUCGACGGAUCGGGCUGUUCGGGCCACAAACGUGCUAGAAGAUGCCAUUCGAGGGCUCCUUGACGCGGAGAAGACCUCACCGCCACAAACAGGGCCUGAUACACAACUUUCUGCUUCACAAUCUCCACAAGCUUCAUCAAUCUUCGACGAAAUGGCAGAAACGCCUACGACAACUGCCAAAGAGACGUUGUUCGAGAAGUAUAUCUAUGCAAAAAUAGUUUUGGACAAUCCCCCUGCCAGAGGUCAACCUGAAGCCGGACCACAGGGGCAACCGAAAGAAUCACAACCUCCCGUUACGGUCCUCCAGGUACGAAAGAAGAAGAGGGCUGCAGGGACUGCAUAGAUGCCCAGUUUCUCUUGGGUGAAAACGAAGUAGACAGCUUCUCACAACACAGACCAGAAUGUACAAAGUCCUGAUUAUCCGAAUAAUUUUCAGAAAGGGGCCUCACCGCUAGGGCGUGGUCUAGGCAUCUUGUCUGGGAAGUAAUACAAAGGAAUUCCGCAUGAAGCAAGUGCCGAAAUCCCUAAAAAGGUUGCCUCUUGAAUGUAGCGGCGAUAGGGGAUGGUGCUGAUCACGAGGUGCAAAGGGAGCUGUGAGAAUAUGGAUACACAAAGGAAGGAUGAAUCCGAGAAUUUGGGAAUUGCAAAUGG